ACCGGGAAGCCGCCGCAGCGCGCCCGACAGCCGCGGCCGGGCGCAUGGCGUCCAUCUUACUGAGGGGCUGCCGCGGCCGGGCGCCGUCCCGCGCCGCCGGCCCGAGGGGUGGCCUGAUGGGCCGUGCCUGCCUCAGCUGUCCCAGCGCCGUGGGGCUGGUGAACUGCGCGAAUGUUCCACGGGGCUGCUGUGCGCUGGCCCACCCCUCGCACCUUCCCUUCCGAGGCGAGCACCUCAGCCCGUGGACUCCGCGGCUCUGGCCACCAGGCACAGUGGGCAGGGCUCUGUGGGCGCCGGCCGCGGCAGGCUCCCUGGUGGUGGGACCCUGGCACCUGGCGGUGCGCGCCUGGCACUCCUCGCGUCCCCUGGCCGAGGACUCGGUGGUGGAGAAGUCGCUCAAGUCCCUGAAGGACAAGAACAAGAAGCUGGAGGAGGGCGGGCCUGUGUAUAGCCCCCCGACGCCCGUGCCGGAGAGAAAGUCCCUGGGGCAGAAGGUGCUGGACGAGCUGAGACACUACUACCACGGCUUCCGCCUGCUCUGGAUCGACACCAAGAUCGCAGCGCGCAUGCUCUGGCGCAUCCUGCAUGGCCACACGCUCUCUCGCCGGGAGCGCAGGCAGUUCCUCCGCAUCUGUGCAGACCUCUUCCGCUUGGUGCCCUUCCUAGUCUUCGUGGUGGUGCCCUUCAUGGAGUUCCUGCUGCCUGUGGCCGUGAAGCUCUUCCCCAACAUGCUGCCGUCCACAUUUGAGACCCAGUCCAUCAAGGAAGAGAGGCUGAAGAAGGAGCUGCGGGUGAAGCUGGAGCUGGCCAAGUUCCUGCAGGACACCAUCGAGGAGAUGGCGCUGAAGAACAAGGCAGCCAAAGGCAGCGCCGCCAAGGACUUCUCGGCCUUCUUCCAGAAGAUCCGAGAGACCGGGGAGAGGCCCAGCAACGAGGAGAUCAUGCGUUUCUCCAAGCUCUUCGAGGACGAGCUGACGCUGGACAACCUGACGCGGCCGCAGCUCGUGGCGCUGUGCAAGCUGCUGGAGCUGCAGUCCAUCGGCACCAACAACUUCCUGCGCUUUCAGCUCACCAUGCGGCUGCGCUCCAUCAAGGCUGAUGACAAGCUCAUUGCCCAGGAAGGGGUAGACAGUCUCACCGUGAAGGAGCUGCAGGCAGCGUGCCGGGCCCGGGGCAUGCGGGCUCUCGGCGUCACCGAAGACCGGCUGAGGGACCAGCUGAAGCAGUGGCUGGACCUGCACCUGCACCAGGAGAUCCCCACGUCCCUGCUCAUCCUGUCCCGAGCCAUGUACCUCCCCGACACCCUUUCUCCUGCUGACCAGCUCAAGUCCACACUGCAGACUCUGCCCGAGACUGUGGCCAAAGAAGCCCAGGUGAAGGCAGCGGAAGUGGAGGGCGAACAGGUGGACAACAAGGCCAAACUGGAGGCCACACUGCAGGAGGAGGCGGCCAUCCGCCAGGAGCACCGUGAGAAGGAGCUGCAUGAGGCCGCGCAGGCAGCCGAGGCCAUGAAGGACACGCCACUGGAAGAAGCAGAAGCCGCCCCCGGACGGCCAGACAUGGAGCCUAAGCUGGAGGCCCCUGAGGUGACCCUGCCGUCCGAGGUGCUCAAGGACACGGCCCCUGUGCUGGAAGGCCUGAAGGAGGAGGAGAUCACCAAGGAGGAGAUUGACCUGCUCAGCGACGCCUGCUCCAAGCUGCAGGGGCAGCAGAAGGCGCUCAGCCGCGAGCGGGAGGAGCUGGAGCUGCUCAAGGAGGACGUGCAGGACUACAGUGAGGACUUGCAGGAGAUCCGGAAGGAGCUGUCCAGGACGGGGGAGGAGGAGUUCGUGGAGGAGUCCAAGGCCAGCCAGCGCCUCUCCAAGCGGGUGCGGCAGAUGAUCGGGCAGAUUGACGGCCUGAUUGCACAGCUGGAGGCCGGGCCCCAGGCUGGCACAGCGAGCCCCACGCAGGGCGCCACCACAGGGGAGAGCUUCAUUAGUGUGGAGGAGCUCAUCACGGCCAUGAAGCAGAUCAAGGACAUUCCAGAAAGCAAGCUGCUCAGGCUGGCCUCAGCCCUGGACGACAACAAGGACGGCAAGGUCAACAUCGACGACCUCGUCAAGGUGAUCGAGCUGGUUGACAAGGAGGACGUGCAGGUCUCCCCUAGCCAGAUGGCAGAGAUUGCGGCGACCCUGGAGAAGGAGGAGAAGGUGGAGGAGAAGGAGAAGGCCAAGGGGAAGGCCGAGAAGGAGGCAGCAGAAGCCAAGAACUAGGUGCCCCAGCCUGGCUGUGGGCAUGCGUCCCUCCACCGUGAUCCCCGGAGAGUGGCACGUCAGGGCUGAACCACAGCCCCCAAGUCAGACCGCUCGCUGCUCAUGUGCGCCAUUCCAUGAGGCUGCAGCCGGCCCUCCCAGAACCGUGGCAUCUGGACUCGCCGCGCCGAGCAGCCCCAGCCCAGCCAGGCUGGACGGGAAGCGCCCCCUCCCCACUCCUCACCCACUGUGCCCCUACAGCCGGACGGGACGCAGUGGCCAAGCCCGAUCCGUCCUCUGCCCCACGUGCUGACUGCGCCUCAUCUCGGCGUGGCCUUGGUGCGGUCACUCGCUCCCCCCACCGCAGCCUGGGCCCCUGGGAGCCGUCUCCAGGGCUUCUCCGGCAGCCACCGCCCGCCUGGACCCGUCCCCCGCCUCCUGGGUUCUGCCUUCAGGGCUCCCCCUCCCCACGCUGCGGCCACCUGCGCGGUCUCGCCUGUCUACUCUGGACUCAGGCUGCCCCUGUGCUCUGGGAUGGACAUGGCCUUCUCACAGGCCGGCUCCCCCGGACUGGACUGCCGGUGGCACUAUGUCCAGGCGCUCUGGGCCUCGGCUGGCUGUCUCCACACGCGAGGUCCUGCUUUUCUGCCUGUGCCCUGGGCCAUGUGUGCCAUGCCAGGCUGUGGAGGAGUCAGGGGCUGCCCCUUCCCUGUGGCUCCUGGGGUGGUGCCCACCAUGCUUGUCCUCCCCAUGUCAGUUGGCAGUCUGUACCUGACCAGCCUGGGCCCUGUGCUGGUGCCAGCGUGUGGCAUUUUCUAGAAUCUGACAUAGGGUGAUUUAAUAGAAA